AUGGCUACGUCGUGCGGUCUGGACGCUGGGCCUGGAUCCUUGAGGCGCCGGAUCCUAACCCGCUUUCUGGCGCUACUGUUGGUGCCUCUGCCACCAAACUUAGGUUAUAAAGAGGACGGCUCCCAAUCAGUUUGUGGCAUACCCUGGUGGCUAGACAAAUUGGAGACGAUGCAUCACUGGCCCUGGGAAGUGAGCGUGCGCAUGGAAAAUGAGCACGUGUGUGGAGGGGCCCUCAUUGACGGCAGCUGGGUGGUAUCUGCAGCGCAUUGCAUCCAGGGCAACAAGGAAUACUCAGUGCUGCUGGGCAGCAGAAAGCUCCAGCCAGCUAGCUCCCCUGGGGCCCUGAAGAUUCCCGUGAGGGACAUCAUUGUGCACCCCAAGUACUGGGGCCGGAACUUCAUCAGAAACGACUUGGCCCUUCUCCGUCUCGACGCUCCGGUCACCUUCAGCAAGUACGUGCACCCCAUCUGCCUCCCGGAGCAGAGCUUCAGUUUGGAGGUCGAGACACAGUGCUGGGUGACUGGCUGGGGCCAGGGUAAGCAGCACUCCUCCGGCAACAGGACACUGACUCCAGUGCUUCAUGAGGUCAAGGUAUUCAUUAUCGACAGCAAGAGGUGUGACCGUGUUUUCCACAAGAAGUCUCUCUACCCCCCAGUUCUCCCCCUUAUCCAGAGGAACAUGAUCUGUGCCACCAGUAAUGGAGAGAACUUGUGCUAUGGGGACCCUGGAGGGCCACUGGCUUGUGAAGUUGAUGGCAGAUGGAUUCUGGCUGGGGUGUCAUCACUGGAGGAGGCCUGCAUCAAACCACAGAAUCCAGGUGUAUACACUCUCCUCACCAAAUAUACCAACUGGAUCCAGAAGCAAGUGAACCAUGGGGUGCUGUUGGGGCCCUGCAGGGCCUCCUGGCUUCUGUUCCUGUCCUGGCUGCUGCAGCUCCCCAUAGGCCUCUGA